GCCCCUCCUUCACCCUCCAUCUUCACAGUUCCUGUACCUACGUCGCCCAGCAAUAAAUUAAACCCCCGAUACGUAAGUAUCUUCCCGGGCUUGACUCUCCCAUCCAAUCGCCUCCCCAAGAACUCAAACCUUGCCAAUACGAUACCAGUGCUAGUCCUUCCAUACAUCUAUACGAAUCAUCGUAGCCACGAGCAAGCAAUAACAAUGGUUGACUCCGUUGAUGAAACCUCCCUCGCCGCAUCGCCCAUGGAGCGACGCAAUUCCCUGGAGAAACAUCUCCUGAACCGUCCUGAUCCCCACGACCUCAAGGAGAGACACAUCCUCCUUGACACCAAUGUUGCUCCAUCUAUCCAAGCAGCGAGACAGGAGCUAGACCGUCAGCGCACAACUGAUAGUCUGAAGAAACAUUUGGAGCACAGACCGGAUCGCGAGGAACUGGUUGAGCGCAAUAUCCUCCCGCAUAUCAACGCAGCCCCAGCGCUUCAGGCCCACGCCCGCGAGCUGGAAAAACACAUGUUGGCUGAUCAUCUCGACCAAAAGAUUCAGAACCGGCCGCAGCCGGAGGAUCUCAUGGCUCAGGGGAUCUUGACGGAAGAUGAGGAUCCAAGGGAGCCGACUUUCUGAUUGAUUCUGUCUUUGACAGCUGUUCAUGGGUCACGAUGGAUAUGGUUCCGUUUGAGUUACAGGACAUGGUUUGAUGGACGGAGUACAUGGAUGGAUUUACUGGUUAUGUUUAAUUGUUUUCUCUUCCCAGAAACAAAACGAAGAUAUGGUAGAUGACAUACUGCACAGUG